CCGCCGCUCACCCCUGGGAAUUAAAAAAAAAAAGGGUGGGGGCACGUUGUACACAGACAGAAAAUUGUUGUAAAAUAACGAACUCGGACUAAAAUUUUCCUAUAGCAAACUCGUAAUUUUACAAACAAAUUAACAGGAUGAGUUUUUCGUCAAAUUUAUAAAUCAUUCGACAUUGUACGAGUUAUUUGUAAAAUGUUCUGGGUUUCUCGUUACAUGAACAAACAAGUGCUUCGUUCAUACAUCCCAAGGAAGAAUUUGUAUAAGGUUGACAUUGUUUUCGUAAAUUUACGAAUGUCUCGUCAUUUUUGGUUGAGUUUUUCAUGCACGAAAUUUUUCCUGCUUAAAUCCGUAUUUCUAUAGGGUACUGUUGCACAAAAAACUAGAGGUACUAUCGACAAAAUGUCAAUACCAUGUACUAAAAGUCAAUAGUCUGUCUGAGAGUGUGCCGACCGUCCCCGUCCCUCUAUGAAUCCACGCCAUUUGUGAAAUCACGAAGAACCUACGUCAAUUUGCGGAGAAUCGUUGUAUUACGACGAAUCUUCGCAAGGCACAAAAAAUCCCAGUGUCUUCAAGACGAUGCGUUCGGCGACAGUUUUUCCCAGGGAUACCCUCAUAAAUCCCGGAGAUCAAUUUUAACAGUAGUGGAUGACCCUGACACCGCUGGGCUCCGCCGGGGACUUGGGCAUAGAGGAGAGUGGUGACGGACAACGCCCCAAAACGCCAGGGCCGUAAAUUGGUGACCGCCAGCUGGAAGGAAGCAAAGGAGGGGAGAGGGAUUUGGUGGGGGUUCGCGCAAAAUGAGAUGGACAAGCCAUUAUGAGCAGGCGACGCUGUGCGGGCAAGGCAGUCCCCGGUCUGAACCAGGCCAGCUCGCAUGCGAGCCUUCGUGGCCGCCGCCACCCGCCAUGGACAUCGUGCAGCGGAAGGUCACCUUUUCAGGGCUGUGGCGGCUAGGCAGGUCCUUCGGGCUGGUCCCGGUGGCCUUCGGGUGGUGCCGGUGCCUGGCAGGGUCAGGCCGCGCCAGAGGGAAGACCAACGGCAUCGUUGAUGUCUCGGACGAGAAGCCGCCGAGGCCUCCCUGCCGCUGCCGUGUGGACGACGCCGUGCUUCCCUCGCGGUGCUGGCUGGCCUACUCGGUCGGCCAGCUCGUCGUCAUGCUGCCCGUCAGCAUCUACGUCAUGCAUUUCAAGUAUUUGUACCAACGCGACGAAGUCCACCCGACGGACAGCGCGUUCAGCGCGGUGUGCAGCACGGCGGACUCGGUGACAUGGGCCGUGGCGAUCACGAUGGCCUGCCUCACGCGGCACCGCGUCCUCGACUUCGUCAGGCAGCUGCACGAGGUGGACCGGCUUCUUCGGCGCAGGUCAGCCCGCGUGCCGUCCGUGCUGCUGUGGUGGCUGGCGGCGCUCGUGCUGCUCGCGUUCCUGGACAUGGUCUUCGUGGCCCUCUUCACGAACGCCAUCGUAUUCGCCAUAAACCUGCCCAACCUGUUCAACAACCUCGGCAUCUACGUCCUGGAGGCCCUGUUCACCCACGACGCCUACAGUGUGUUAGUGCGCUUCCGGACCCUGAAUGCGCGCCUCCGGGCCCUCGACGACGACGCGCGGCAUCAGGCCCAAGGUGUUCUCUGCCCUACCAGGGCUACGUCCACGUUCUGGGUGAUGACCGUCGAGGAGCUUGUCGAGGAGCGCGGCGAGGACUGGGCGGACACUCUGCACACACAGCUUAAGCGACUAAGCGAUGCGCACUCACUGCUGUGCGAGAGCACGCACAAGCUGACGCACCGUUUCGGCCCCGUGCUGCUCGUGGACACACUCAACCUGCUGCUGCACCUGGUGCUCAAGUCCAACUACUUCUUCUCCGCGCUCGCGUCCUCCGCCCAGACGUUUUUCAUCCCCAUGCAGGCGUGCUGGCUCCUGGCGCACCUGGGCCGCGUCUUGCUGCUCGUGUGGCCCUGCUCCAAAGCCAAGCAGGAGGCUCAGCAGACGGGGGCGCUGGUCGGCACCCUAAUGAACCACGUCCCACCGAAAGGCGUGGAACGGAAGCAGCUCGAGGUGUUCACAUGUCAGCUCUUGCACCACCAGGUCACCUUCAGCGCCUGUGGCCUGUUUGAACUCGACUUUCCGUUGGUUGCCUCCGUGCUGACCGCAGUCACGACGUACCUCGUCGUGGUGCUACAACUCAAGGAAACGAAAAGCUGCCCUCCCACGAUUGUCCCUGAAACGUCACACGAAAUCCCUGAACUCGAUUUCGGAGUUAUCAAUGAUUCGAAUGAGACUGACCUCUUUUAUAUUGGUAUGCACUGAAACCAAAAAGGUUGGUUAGGACGACCUGUUCGUGGGGACAAGUCUCCCUGGUUUUUAGGCAGAUUUGGGCAAAAAUGACCCACUUAAGGGGGCAGUCUCGUCCCCGUACCUUUUUUCAGGGGGGUUUUCCCUACCUCUUUCGAUGACGAUGAUUUUUUGAAAUAUACCUCUUAGAGACAAGCGGUAAAAAACAAAUAAAAAAACAGAAUUUUUACAACAUUUUCAAAAAAAAAAUUGUUUUGUCUUCAGUUGUAAGGGAGUUAUAGGGAAUGCAGCAAAAGCCGACAAAACAUACAAAAUUUCACUGCGCGACAAUUUUCUCCGGAAGUUCUUAACUUUUUGGCAAUCGGUUUGCGGCAUCUUGAAGAUGAAAAAAUCCCGUUACUUUUACCUACGAUCGUCCAUGUAGCCCAAGGAAAACCUAAAUUAAAACCGUUCCUAUGUUUGUAUAGGGUUUUGAUUACG